AUGGCUGCUGCUGGGAUUGACGGACAUGGGACGCCAAGUGCGCCUCUUGCCGGCUCAGGAGCGCCUGCCCAAGCGGCAGCGGAGGCACCGAGCGUGCCAGAGGGACUGUGUUGCAAGCUGUGCGCUCGCACCCUGCCAGCGUCUUCGCCGGGAAGAAUGCGAAAUAAGACGUGGACUUGCCGCCAUUGUUUGUCACUCGAGUUGCUGCUCUAUCGACAUCUGGGGUCGUCGGAAAAGCAGGGCUGGUCAGUCGACUCUCGCACCGACUUCUAUCGACGUGCCACGGCCGUAGAAGUGGCCGGCUGCAGGUGGUCCACAGUGAAAACAAUGAUUGUGGAGUCUCAAGCCACGCGCUUGGUGAAGGAGCAGGAGAACCGUGUGACCGCGAAGUCUCUUCCCCUCUCGGUCUGGAUCAAGAAAGGUUAUGAUGAAGAAGCGGUGAGGAAGUAUCCAGCGGAGGAGGAUGAAAAUUUGGGCACCCUGUACGCAGUACCUGUGAAGUCGGUAACAAUGAAGGAAGCACGGCAGCUCAUCGAAGAAGAAUUGCAGAGAAAGGAGAAGGAAGUGCUGCAGAAGAAUGCGAAGAAAGUCAAACGUCAAGACGAUGACGUCGAUGGACGCGAAGAGGAGGAGUGGGAUGUGGUUCCACACAGACCCGCUGCGAGCGGAGGGCAGCCGAAAGGUGAUUUGGGAGAGCAAUAG